AUGGGCUUGCGUCAUCUAGCCGUCAAAAUGCACAGACAUUUGGGCUCUGAAGCUCCGGUUAUAUUGGCUCUUCAUACAGCUGAAAUAGGCGCUGAUCUGGGACCCAAUCCCGCGGAGUUGACGGAGGCGCAAAUCAUUGUGAGAGGAUGUUUGAAAGUUAUAAGGGAAAAGGGAAAAUAUGGAAUUGAUGAGGGUGGAAAAGCGUCUGCUUGGGCGAUGGGUUUGAUAGAAGAUCCGGAAGCAGCGACGUUAUGGACUUGGAAUGGGCUGAGACAUCCUUGGUGA